AUUGAUUUUGGAACUACUUACAGUGGAUACGCCUAUUCCUUUGUUCGCAAUCCGAUGGAUAUCCAGUCUUCACACUCAUGGUAUACCGGGACGUCAAGUCUGGCGUCCACGAAAGCUCCCACGUGCCUUCUACUAAAGUCUGACGAAUCUUUUGACUCCUUUGGAUACGAAGCAGAAGAUAAAUUUGCAGACAUUGUGGCUGACAAUCUGCAAGGGGAUUACUUCUAUUUCACACGGUUCAAAAUGGACCUUUAUCGAAAGAAGAUGGUUACUAGAGGAAUGGAAAUACAAGACAUCAACGACAAAGUUCUCCCGGCGCUGAGAGUAUUUUCCUUGUCCAUUGAGUACCUAAAAACUCAUCUCCUUCGGACACUGAAGGACCGCCUCUUGACCAUUACCAUGUCUGACGUCAAGUUUAUUCUGACAGUGCCAGCAAUAUCGACUGAUGCAGCGAAACAAUUCAUGAGGGAAGCGGCUAUCGAGGCAGGAAUAGACAGCGGUCAGUUGUUUCUUGCUCUGGAACCGGAAGCAGCGUCACUGUAUUGUCGGACAUUCCCAAUGGAAAUGAUAAAUGAAGAUGGACUCUCCAUAGCAUACAAAGGAUCGCAAUACGUAAUCGCUGACAUUGGGGGUGGAACCGCUGAUUUCAGUGUUCAUGAGAUUGAGUCCAAAACCACCAUUAUGGAACUUCAUAAGGCAACUGGGGGUGAAUACGGCGGCGAAUUAGUGAACGAAGAGUUUGUGCAAAUGUUUCAAACAGUCUUUGGUGUGGAUGCAUUGCAUCAACUGAAGAGGGAAGAUUUAGAAGAUUACAAAACUUUGCUCAGAGAAUUUGAAACAAAGAAAAGAACCGUUAAACUCCAAUCCACUGGUUCAUACAAUGUUCGCAUUCCUGCUUCGCUAGCCGAAAUCUCGAAAUCAAGAGGUCGAAAUUUGAAGGAGGCAAUAAAUUCCUCCGAAUAUGAACGUUUCGUCAGCAUUGCAAGAGAUAAGUUAAAAAUAGAUGCUUUACAGAUGCAGGGUUUCUUUGAUAAGAGUAUACGCGGCAUAGUUCAUCACAUUAAAGAAAUACUCAAUAAAUUUCCUAACAUACGAAUAAUCAUCGUCGUUGGCGGAUUUGGGGAGUGUAUCCUUCUACAGGAAAAGCUGAAAACGUUCUUUCAAAAGAAGUCGAUUAUUAUUCCGGAACAUUGUAGUUUGGCCGUACUGAAAGGCGCCGUUCUCUAUGGCCAUUUUCCACUUUCCAUAUCGUCAAGGUUAAUGCGAUAUACGUACGGUGUUCAUGCAAAUUUGAACUUUGUCCAUGGUCUUCAUCCUGAAACUCACAAAUUCUUAGAUGAAGACAGCAAAGAAAAAUGUCGUGGAGCUUUUGUUAAGAUAAUUUCAAGUGGAUCUCGAGUCUUGGCAACUGGAACAACUGUUAAGCUUAAGGGUCACCCAUUAUCAAAACAUGACACGAGUGUUACCACGAAAAUAUACUACACCGAGAAAGAAAACCCUGUUGUGGUCGACGAUUCUUGUGUAUUUUUAAAGGCAAUAACACUUCCUUUUCCAAAGCACGUACACGAGAAGCGUAUAUGUGAAGAGGUAUAUACGUUUGGACUUACGGAAUUAAAAUACAAAGCAACAAUUCUUGACACUAAGGAAGUUAUAACAGAUUCUAUUGAUUUAUUGGACUGAACGAUGAGCAGAAUAUUUGUGAACGGUUUAAAAACGCAAUGUGAAUUAUUUCCAAAACAAUAUAAUUUCAUAAAAUAAAAGGAAAAGUCACUUAAAAAAUAUAUACAUGUACAUGUACGUAUACAGUGAAAACUGCCUAAUCCGACACCUGUGAAAUCCGUUUUACUGGGCACUCCAACUCUUAUUGUCAUUCUCAAUUUCAUAUUUUCAUUGUUUUUACGUUGUUUACACCUACAUACUGUGUAUUCCGACAAAAGGUAUCCUAUGCAUAUCGGAUUAUACAGCUCUCUCUCUCUCUCUCUCUGUUUAGUGAGGACGUCCUCAUAAUGUCUAGAAGAGAACACACGGACAUGUUAUUGUAACGGCAAGAAUGUACUGUGUUACAUGUAUGUGUAGCUACAUGUAUAGGGACACCUAUAAAAAUUUAUCUAAUGCUCUCUUUCGAAUUGUGAAAAAAUGGUUUUGAGAGAGAAUAUUUGUAAGACAUGUCCCCACACCAUUUGCCCUCACUAAUCUAAUAUUUUGUAUCUACAUUUUUCACAUGCUGUGGAUCACGUUUAUGGGAACGUAAUUGUGAGGACAGAAUUUUGUCCUCAUAGUGUACUUUCUGUCCUCACAACUGUCAAAUAGUUAAAAAUGGUCCUCACUAUACAUGUUUUAUCACCUCUCUCUCUCUCUCUCUCUCUCUCUCUCUCUCUCUCUCUCUCUCUCUCUCUCUCUCCAGUAUGUGUAUUGUAAAAUAUGUGUAGGGUCCCUCAGGACGAAUCACCUAUUUUGUAGAAGACUGACACUGAAUUACACUUCAUAUUCCAUAUUUUAAUGUUAUUGACACAAAGUAAUUCCUGCAGAUCUAAGUAUUGCUUUAUCAUACAUCAUGCACUUCACUCCCUGUCUACAAAAUGUGUACAGCAGGGGGUGACAAUUGGAAUUGAGUGUAAGCAUGUCAUGGCUAACUACUAUCUAUGCAUUGCAUUCAGCGUGGUAUAUUUAAUUGAUUAAUUAAAAUGCGAGGUUUAACGGCUUUCGUCGCAUCGCAUAUCGCACGACCCCUUCACAAUAGUGUCAAUGUUAAAUGUGUUUACUGGGGUGACUAAAGGAAUAUGUAUUAAUUAUUUAUUACUUUUUGAUUCUUAGUACUACAUAUAUUGCUAUACAAUGAAUUAUAGCUGUAAAUAUAUACAUAUAUGCACAAUGGUAAACACUAGUAAAGUGUGGUUUAUUUGGUUAGGAUCAAUGUUGAAG